AGCUCAAUUAGUCAGAUUAGUCAGGACGUCGUCAGCGAGUGGUUAAAUAGCAGUUAAGGAUAUUUACAGAGAAAAAAAGAGAGGAGACUAGGAGAGCAAAAGGAGAGAGAAGUUGGAGAAAGAGAAAGAGGAGGAGAGAGAGAAGGAGGGAAAAAAAAAGAAAAUACCAAGAGAUCGAGUGAAAGAGAGAGAAAAAAAAGAUAUAGUAAAGUGAACGAGAACGAGUGAGAGGAAAGGAAAAAGAAGAUUAAGGAAAAAAGAAAGAGAAGAAGAGAAAAGGAAAAACGAACGAGAGAGAAAGAUACAAACAGAGAAAGAAGAAGAAAAGGAAAGGAAAAAGAAGAGGAAGGAAAAAAGAAAGAGAAGAAGAGAAAAGGAAAAACGAACGAGAGAGAAAGAUACAUACAGAGAAAGAAGAAGAAAGAAAGAAAGAGAGAGACAGACAGAAAGAGAAAGAGACAGAGAAAGAAAGAGAAAGAGAGCCAGGGAAAGAAAGAGAAAGAGACAGAGAAAGAAAGAAAGAAAGACAGAGAGAGAAAGAGAGAGAGCUACCGUUCCUUAUUUGGUAAAAAUCGAGUUUUCCAUUUGCCUGUAACGAUUAUCACAAGCAAAUCUCGGCCGAACCUGAUCUAUCUGUCACGUGAUCUGGAACGAAGGACGUUUCAUGAACAGCUAACGGGCCUUAUUUCCACAAACAACAGAGAAAAAGGCGAAAUUAACGAACCAAGAAAUCAUAAAGGGAAAAGAGGAUAUUACAGAGGGACCAAGAACUUUUCGUAAUAUAAGCUUAAUUUUUUUUUUCUUUAAAAUAAGAUGUGAUAUUCUUAUUUAGAGUAAAGGGGAUACGUAGAUAAUUAUUUCUUUUCUGCAUACAACAUGGGUCUCUUCAGCAAUGUUACGGCAUUCGCGGCCCAAAAUUACGGAAAAUUGAAGAAGGACUGUCUAAAUAGAGGAGAGAAAUUUUCGGAUCCAAAGUUCCCGCCACACGACUCGUCUUUGUUUUUCUCCAAGCAGCCGCCGGGGGUCAUCACGUGGAAAAGACCCCAUGAAAUUGUGGACAAACCUCAGCUGUUCGUGGAAGGAGCGAGUGCCAAUGACGUCACGCAGGGUCAGCUGGGCAACUGCUGGUUCGUGGCCGCCUGUGCCUCCCUCGCUGGGGUCAAGGAAUUGUGGCAUAGGGUGAUCCCAGACUAUAAGGACCAGGAGUAUGGCGAUCUCCACCCCGGCAUCUUCCACUUCCGCUUCUGGAGGUUUGGCGAGUGGCUGGAUGUGGUUAUCGACGACCUCCUUCCAACCAUCGAGGGGGAACUCGUCUUUGUGCACUCGAGGGAGAAGAAGGAAUUCUGGUGUGCGCUGCUCGAGAAGGCGUAUGCCAAGCUCCACGGUUCUUAUGAAGCCCUUGAGGGCGGCAACCUGAGCGAUGCCCUCGUAGACCUAACCUCUGGCGUAUCUGCACAUCUGGACCUGACUGUGGGUGGGUACACGGACGACUUCGAGAAGCGCAAGCAACUCUUCAAGAUGAUGGCGAAGGAAAUGAAUGAACACGCCCUCAUGUGCUGUGCUAUAACAACUGGAGAGAACUUCACAGGGCCUCACUCCCACGAGGAAGCCGAGAUGAGAACAAACGUGGGCUUGGUGAAAGGCCAUGCUUACGGCAUCACAGCGGUUCGGAAAAUCAACAUCGGCGAUACGGGACUUUUCUCAAUAUUCAAGGGAGCGCAGAAGAUCCGCAUGGUCCGCCUCAAAAACCCAUGGGGUGAACGCGAGUGGAACGGAGCAUUUAGCGAUGGAUCGCCAGAAUGGUCAAAAGUCUCGGCAUCAGAGAGAGAAAAAUUAGGACUGACUUUUGAAGAUGAUGGAGAGUUUUGGAUGACAUUUGAUGACUUUGUGGAGCACUUCACCGACCUCUCUAUCUGUUUCCUUAUCAACACCAAAGUCUUCAGUCUCAGCAAAACAUGGCAUGAAACUGUCUUCGUGGAUGCAUGGACCAUCGGCAUUCGGGGCCACAACUCAGACCGGGCAGGAGGGUGUCCAAACCACAAGGAUUCCUUUUUGCGUAAUCCACAGUAUCGGUUUGAUAUCAGGGAGGAGAGUGAUGAUGUUAUAUUCCAGCUGAUGCAGAAAGACACGCGUGACAGGAAGCAGGAGGGGAUCCAGAACCUUGUCAUUGGAUUCCACAUAAUGAAGGUCGAGGAAAACAGGAAAUACCGUGUUCACAGGAUACAUGAGAGUAUAGCCACCUCAGACUACAUCCGCACUCGAGCAAUAUUUCUGCGAGAACAGUUGAAACAGGGACGCUAUGUUAUCAUACCCACCACGUUUAAGCCGGACGAAACUGGAGAAUUUAUUAUGAGAAUGUUCACAUCCAAGGAUGCUAGUGCAAGAGAGCUCACUUUGGAUCAGCCUCGAAUCCGCUGGUAUUCCUGUGUCAAAAAGCCAGUCCUUGUGACCACCAUCACUGUUAAAGGUGCUUUUAACUUGGAGAAACAGUCAGCAUUUGGAGGAGAGGCUGAUGCAUAUUGCUUGAUAAAGUGCGAGGGUGAAGUGGUAAGGACGCCGGUGGAGAAGGGAACGUCCGACCCCAAGUGGGACACAACGGCCAUCUUUUACCGUACUAAACCUGGUCAGCCUAUUGUGCUUGAGGUGUGGAACAGCAACCUGCUAAUGGAUGGAUUUAUCGGGCGAGCGGAAGUCGUGGCUCCCAUCAAUCCCAAUGUGACACAGGUGGAACUUCCGCUGUUUGGUCGAAGAAAAGAAAAGACGCUCGAAAAGCAGGGAAAGUUGGUAGUGCAGGUUUAUAGCGAUGACGAUCUCACAAGCAUUUGAUUUUAGCUCUGUUAUAUCUUUGGUAUGUUCAAGUAAAAUUAAAGAUUCUCUGUGGCUUUUAAGUGAAAUCUUGUAAAUGUGCUCUUAUAGGGCACAAAAUCCUUUACAUAUACACUUGACACUGGAGAUCUGAUGCGUAAUUUGUUUUUGAAUUGUCAAAGUGGGUGUUAUGAGAAGAGAUUUAAGUGAUUUUUCUUUUUUCUUUUUAUUUUCUUCUCUUUUCUUUGAUAAUAUCAAGGUUCAUUGUUAUUUUUGAGAAAAUAGAUAAAGAAAUAAGAAAAUAAAGAAAAUGUGUGAUACAUAUGUAUAUAUAUAUAUAUAUAUAUAUAUAUAUAUAUAUAUAUAUAUAUAUAUAUAUAUAUAUAUAUAUAUAUAUAUAUAUAUAUAUAUGAUAUUUCAGUAGCUAGGCCUUCAUGUGAAUCACAUAUAUCAAUUUAGAGUUGCAACCAUUGAAAUACCAGUCAUAAAUCUGAAAUUGCAGAAUUAUUUGCUCAUUUUCAUCCUAAUUCCAAGAGCAGCAAAUUUCAUCCACUUUCACUAAUGUAUCUUUAAAUAAGUAGUGAUCAUUUUUGGUUUUUGCUUUCUCUAUAUUUAUAUUUGAUUUUUCUUUUUUCAUGUUACAAAAAUGUGAUUUUUUUUCUUUCUUUUUUGAAAUGCAUAACUGUGUGAUACUAAGGGUGGUUCUAUGAGUGAAUAUGAGUGUAGCUAUUCAUAAAGACAAAUUUUUUUACUCUUUAAUAGAAACUAGUAAAAAAAAACAUAUAAUAUUGGUGACAUAUGUGUGUAUGCCUUUCUGUGAUAUGUCAGAAAUAUAAACAUUUCAGAAGA